AUGUGUCAGGAAAAAUUGGUACAAGAAGCCGUGGAUACACUUCUUGAUAAUGGAAUCCGUGGACAACCCAUGAGGGAUGGUCAUAAUAAGGUUUACAAGUCAUUUUCAGAUGUAAUUGAAGGCAAAGAGGGAAGAUUUCGCGAGACUAUGCUUGGCAAACGGGUCGAUUAUUCGGGGCGUUCAGUGAUUGUCGUUGGGGCUUCACUUUCAUUACAUCGCUGUGGAUUGCCUCGCGAAAUAGCAAUAGAGCUCUUCCAGACAUUUGUAAUUCGUGGUCUAAUUAGACAACAUCUGGCUUCGAACAUAGGAGUUGCUAAGAGUCAAAUUCGUGAAACAAAAGGGUGCGAUCAUACCAGCACUAAUGCACCGGAUCCCAUCAGAACUCCGCAGUUAAGCGUGCUUGGGCGAGAGUAG